GGCCCUCGGUCCUGCCGGCUGGCUCCGGCGCCCCGGCUUUGCGGGCCUUGGCGCGGCGCCCCCAGGGCCACCAUGCUUAGCAUCGUGCACUUCCUCCGGAGCUUCUUCAAGACUCCAGAGCCAGGUGCACACCUGCCAGGUAAAGACAAGAUUGAAGAUAAAGAGCUCCCCACUUCUCCUGCAGAACCAGAGGAACAGGGAUGGUGCCAGGAAACAGACCACAAUGAUUUUGAGACACUGUCCCACCAGAGCGAAAGUCAUUCAGACACAAAAACCGACCCCUUUGAAAGUGCCUCUGAUGCAGAGUCCCUGCCUGGUGACCUCACGGGGGGAAUCUGCCUUCCUCUAAGUGGUACGUCUGGGGACAGAGAAGGACAAUGGGGAUGCCCUGACAUCCCAGCAACCAGAACGCCUCACGAGCAGCAUUCAACUCGUGUCCCUGGGCUUGACCCAAAGGAGAACCUAGACUUGUCCCUUGACCUCAAGGAGGAGUCUUACAAAAGUGGGUUUCAAGCCUUUGCUGCAGUUGCUGAAGAGGAGAAGACAGAACACCCCCAGGACAAUGGCGUGGCCAGCCUGGAGCUCGAGCGUUUGCCGGCAGGGUCUCACCACAUAGACGGCUGCUCACGGGGUACCACAGGCAGCUACACUCUCCAGCCAGCAAAGGUGGUGACUGCACAAGACCUCAGGGGAUUCUCUAUUUUUUCUCUUCAGAAGUCCAGGUCUGAGAGUUGUCUGGGCAUCCCAGUGGUCUGGCCCUUCCUUCUCUGGUGCUGUGAACUGCGCCAGAGCUGGCCACACAUCCACAACACGGCCAGGGGAUCAGGGCUGCCUUAUAGAGGUCCACUGCACAACACAGCUCCUCUGGGAGCCAGGACAAAGAAGGGAAGUACCUUAGGCCCUGAAGAGAACACAGACUUGCUCUGUGCCCGGCCCUGCUCUGGUGCCCCUUGUCAGCUUCCUUUGGGGACAUCUUGCCUCACGUAUGCCAAGCUUCACCGGAGUGCCCCAGAAAACGUUAAUGACAAGGACAGGACACCUCGAGAGCACUACUGUGAGCACAUGAGGACACUGACUAGGGCCCAUUCCAGAGCAGUGUUUCCCUUAAGACACCCUGAGAACCCUCCAGGACACAACUUUGUGAAAUCUGGGACUCAUUCGAAGGAAGGGGCCAAAGCAGAACAAGAUCCAAGAACACAAAACCCUCUUCACCCAGUUCCCACCCAACUGUCUCCUUUGCCUUCUGCUUCACAAAGGAGGGCCCCUUACUUGCAGGACCAGUAUAAUCUCAGGGCUCCUAGCUGGAAAGGGGCCUUUCAGGACGCACCCUGUGAAUAUCUCUGGCUGGAAAACCAGUUGGGACAGGAUUCUAGAUCCUGCCCAGUCUCUUCAUCCCUUACUGCAGAGUCUGUGAGCCUUAGCACGGAGGAAGUGCCAGUGCCCACAGAGUGCAAGUCAGAACACAGCCCAGAAAGCCUACAAGAGGAACCCCAAGGCACUGGCCCUGCACCAAACAAUGCUGAUGUGAAUGACAGACAAAAGCACCUUCAGGACAUUUCUGUUGAGGCAGGAAACCAAACCAGUAAUUACAGAUCAAAGUACAUUCUCAGUGAGAAAAGAAAGCCCCCUGUUAGAGCCAAAUUCCCACAUCAUUCUAGCAAUAGCAGGUCACAGGUGAGGAACAGAGACUGGAUGGGUUGCUGUGAAGGGGGUGAUUGUUCAGUCGCUCCAGAGACCACCCUGAAAUCAAGUGCAACACACACUUCAAAGGAAGUGGAAGACGUGAUGGUUCUAGACCCCAACUGCACCAAAAGUGCCUUGCAGGAAUUUUCGGAAACCACAGCAGCCACCGUGUCUCAUUGCAGUGGUGGGGAUGAGUGUGACCAGGGGCUGGAGAGUGGUGCACAGUCUUCUCCUGAGGGCCUGAACCUAGAGCCCGAAAUAGACACCUCUAGGGGCAGGUGCACACUCAUCAUUAUAGCUGUUGAGCAGAAAGGUCGGCAGGCCACCAGGAGGAAGGCGGCUCCUCUUCCAGAAACACAGUCUGAAUUUCUGGAGAAAAGACCACGAUCUCCCUGCAGUGCUGGAGCGACCCCCUGUGAAUCUCCCAGGGCUGGGAAACCACAGACUUGUGGCAAUGAGUGUGAGCUGCCCAUAGCCAGCAGACUGGGAGGUGAGGAUAGGACUCUUUGGCAGGGGGCCCAAGCCUCAGAACUUGGGGUAGUUCUGCUCCCCCAAGCUGCCUCCCAAGAGAGGCCCCUGGGCAAAGAGACUUGUUCCCAGGAGCCCGCCCAGGGCAGGGUGAGUACAGGGGAUGCUACAGAAACAAAACCGCCUGGGGCAGACAGGGAGCACGCUGCUAGGGUGCCCAGCCCUGGCCCUGAAGACAGACACAGGGCCCAGGGCCUUCGCCUCAUGGGGAGCCGAAGAGCACAGAGCCCCGAGGCCAGGAGAGGAGCUGGGGAAGCAGAGGCGGAGAAGGGUUCCAGCGCCCCUGCCUCUGCCAGCACCCAAGCUCUCCCACCGCCGGGCCCAAUCCGCCGCUCCUGCAAGGCCUCACAGAAGUCUGGGAAGCACCUGAUGUUUCCCAAGGUGACCUCCCUCAGGAACAGCAGGCCCUCGGUUGCCAAGACCCCAGGAAGGGAUGCCCAUGCGCAGGGCCCCGGGCAUCUGCAGCCCACUGGCUCCACUGUAGCCAGUGCUCCUGCCCGGACCGUGGGUUCUUCGGACCUUGAAGAGCUGCGUGCAGACACUGGGGGCCCUGCGACCUGCUGGCAGAGCCCAGUGGGCCGGGAUGUGCCUCCUACACACCAGGUGGGCCCCAGUGCCUCUUGGAAGGCCACCCCCCAGGGCGCAGGGGGCGGGGCUGCAGGGCUGAGAGAAGGGGACCUCAGGAGCAGAACACUGUCCUCAGAACGCUGUGACUCUAAGAGACUAAAAACUCCAGAGAAAAGGCUCAGGGCAAGGUUGGCCUUAGCUCAUAAGACCUUUGCAAACUUCUUUGAGUCAAAAGUUUUAGAAAAAGAGAACACGGAUGAAUGUUCUCCAGUUUCUCUCAAGGGCGGGAAGGAGAAGAGCAGGCCCCGGCAGAGUUCCUGGCGUGCACUUCUGAAAGGCAAAGAUGCAGAAGGCCCCAAAAGGCCCACCUUAGUGAAUCUGGCUCCAGGACGGGAAAUCUUGAAGCCCCUCAGACCUUCUCCACCAAGGACCAACAGUCACUGUAAGGAGCAGGUAGAAGACAAGGAAAGCUGUGUUUUUGGAGGUCACUGGUCACCUCCACAUUCCCCCACACCUUUGUCAUCCAGCAAUUUGGUCUCUCCAGAUAACAGGAGAAAAAGUGAGCCAACCAUUAAAUGCACAAGCCCCCAGGAAAGUGGUAGGUACCUAACUUCAGGUAUCUUUCCUGAAAAGUCCUGGCUGAUGUCACCCACCAGCCCUCGUGCCCAGCAGGCUGGGAUGAGCUACACACUUCCUUCCAGUUCUGUCUGUUGCUUGGCAUAUGGUAGCCAAGGCGUGCCCUGCAAACCCAUGGGUCCCAAGCCCCGGAGCCCCAGGCCUGGUGUUCAUCGGGCAGAUUUCUACUACCCUGGCAGGAGCAGUGCCAUCUCCAUGGUUUCUCUUGGAAGCUACAUUGAUGUGGAUAACAGCUCAGAGGUUUCUGAAAGAUCCAAGACCCCCAAGGCCCGGGCAAGCCUCCUACUUUCUCUGCAGACACUAGACCAGGAUGACCAGAAGGAAGAGAGUGGGAAAAGAGGCUGGCAUCACCAUGGCCUGAGCAUAACACCUUCACUCAGGGACCUUCCUGGGAGUGAGAACCAUAUGCGGUGGGAAGAACACCAAGGCAAGAAGCCCAGUUGCUCCCACCGUCAGAAAGCUUUUCACAUUGAGCCAGUUCAGAGGCCAUUCUCUACCACUGAGAGGGUGGCAUGGACCCUCCCCUCCAUCUUCACAGAGGAUGUCCCCCAGGAGACUCCUUCACAACCCAGGAGCAUCAUUCCUUGGCACCCACGCAUGAGUUUAGAUGACCUGUGGCUGGAGAAGAUGCGGAGAAGGAGGUUGAAGAAGCAGGUCCAAGUUGAAAGGAAGAUGCACAAAGGGAUAGCACGUAAAGAUGGAAUCCAAUGUUGGAGGAAGAUGACUGUUACCUCUCCAGAGUCUUUGAGUCUCUAUAGAAGAAGCCAUCCGUUCUCCCAGAGUGACCCAACAGGACUGAACUGCAUGGGCCGGCCAGAGUACAUACCUGACACUGCUCCUCUUUGCCAGCUGGUGUCUCUCCUUCCAGCUAUCCCUGAUGGACUUCUGGACACAGCCAUCCGUGCUGAUGAGGCGGGGAGUGAGGAGGACCUGUACGAGGACAUGCACAGCUCCAGCCACCACUACAGCCACCCUGGAGGGGGUGGUGAGCAGCUGGCCAUCAAUGAGCUCAUCAGUGAUGGCAGUGUGGUGUGUGCAGAAGCACUCUGGGACCAUGUCACCAUGGAUGACCAGGAACUGGGCUUCAAAGCUGGGGAUGUCAUCGAAGUAAUGGAUGCCACCAACAGAGAGUGGUGGUGGGGUCGUGUUGCUGAUGGCGAGGGCUGGUUUCCAGCCAGCUUUGUGCGGCUGCGGGUGAACCAGGACGAGCCCGCCGACGAGGAAGCUUUGCGGGCGGGGGACGGCGGGGCCCAGGAUGGAGGGGCCGAGGCGCAGAGCAGCAAAGACCAGAUGCGGACCAACGUCAUCAACGAGAUCCUCAGCACCGAGCGGGACUACAUUAAGCACCUGCGCGACAUCUGCGAGGGCUACAUCAGGCAGUGUCGCAAGCGCGCCGACAUGUUCAGCGAAGAGCAGCUGCGCACCAUCUUUGGGAACAUCGAGGACAUCUACCGGUGCCAGAAGGCGUUUGUGAAGGCGCUGGAGCAGAGGUUCAACAGGGAGCGCCCCCACCUGAGCGAGCUGGGCGCCUGCUUCCUGGAGCACCAAGCGGACUUCCAGAUCUACUCAGAGUACUGCAACAACCACCCCAAUGCCUGUGUGGAGCUGUCCCGGCUCACCAAGCUCAGCAAGUACGUGUACUUCUUUGAGGCCUGCCGGCUGCUGCAGAAGAUGAUAGACAUCUCGCUGGACGGGUUCCUGCUGACACCGGUGCAGAAGAUCUGCAAGUACCCUCUGCAACUGGCCGAGCUGCUCAAGUACACACCCCCCCAGCACAGGGAUUUCAAGGAUGUGGAAGCAGCCUUACAUGCCAUGAAGAAUGUGGCCCGGCUCAUCAACGAACGGAAACGGAGGCUUGAAAACAUCGACAAGAUUGCUCAGUGGCAGAGCUCCAUAGAGGACUGGGAGGGGGAAGAUCUCCUGGUCAGGAGCUCAGAACUCAUCUACUCGGGGGAGCUGACUCGUGUUACACAGCCACAAGCCAAGAGCCAGCAGAGGAUGUUUUUUCUCUUUGACCACCAGCUCAUCUACUGCAAGAAGGACCUUCUCCGCCGGGAUGUGCUGUACUAUAAGGGCCGAGUGGAUAUGGAUGGACUGGAGGUGGUGGAUCUGGAGGAUGGAAAAGACAGAGACCUCCACGUGAGCGUCAAGAAUGCUUUCCGGCUGCUCUGUGGCACCACGGGAGAGAGUCACCUGCUGUGUGCCAGGAAGCCUGAGCAGAAACAGCGCUGGCUCAAGGCCUUCGCCAGGGAGAGGGAGCAGGUGCGGCUGGACCAGGAGACAGGCUUCUCUAUCACUGAGCUGCAGAGGAAGCAGGCCAUGCUGAACGCCAGCAAGCAGCAGGCCACUGGGAAGCCCAAAGCCCUCAGCCGGCCCUACUACCUGGCACGCCAGAAGCACCCGGCACUGCCCACCAGCCUGCCCCAGCAGCAGGUCUUGGUACUGGCAGAGCCCAAGCGGAAGCCGUCCACCUUCUGGCACAGCAUUAGCCGGCUGGCACCCUUCCGCAAAUGAGCCAGCUCGCCAUCCGACAGCACUGUCUGGACCUGCCCCACCAGUAGGCCUCCAGCUUUUUCUCCCCAAGGCCCACCGCAUGUGGCCUCCUCUGCCUGUCACGCACACUGAAGUUAUGGGCUGAGUGAGGGAGCUGCUUGGCACCCCAUUCAUGGAUUCUUCCCCACUGGUGCACUGAAGACACCAACUGGAGGGGCAGGGCCCACAGCGGUGAGCUCCCGCCACCCUCUGGACCUCUGUGGGGCCUCCUGGGAGCCACAGCUCAGAGCCACCGGCCAGGCCAAUAUGUAUGAGAAGACUGGCCGCUCUGAACCCUCUUCUCUGGACAUCUUAUCAUCCCUCCUCCUGUUUCCUCUGGGCAGACCAUCUGCCUUUAGCUCCUGCAAAGUUGGGCUCUGUGCCCCUCUGCCCUCCAAUUGUCCCUCAGGCCCCCAGUCCCCAGCUGGUGAUGCCAGGCAACUUGCGUCCCUGAAAGGUGGGAACCAGAAUUCUGUGCACAAAAAUGGCCCAGAGCCCACUCAUUUUUGCCUCCCAGCCCCUCUAGACACUCCUGGCUGCUGGACACCCUUCCUCACUUGUGAUGUGUUUGUUUAUAGUGGAAAGAAAACAAAACCAUAGUCACUGUAUACUUCUGUCAGGGUUUGUGACCAGUCCACGUGUAGCUGUGGGUUGACUCCAGAACCUGGUCCCGGUUUUUUUGUUUGGAUUGUGCUGCUUUUCUAACAGUGGGGAAAAAGAUUAGUGACACAGAAAGACUGCCUUACCCUAAGUGAGUGUGAGAAGCCAUAAGGACUAAAUUCUGUGGCCCAGCAUCCAGGACUGACCCAUCAACCCAGAGGCCGGUGGACAUGUGAGUUAGAGGGAAGCCCACGUCCUGCUGAGAAGGGUCCCCCAUGAGUACACCCAGGACCUGACUUGGUGUGGAACACUGAGCUGCCCCUCUGGCCCACGGGAAUUCAGCAGCAUGUACAGUCAGUCACUCUUGCACUAUACCUUCUCCAAGCC